AUGAGGCAGCUCAAACACCACGAGCAGAAGCUGCUCAAGAAGCAUGACUUUCUCGACUGGAAGCAGGAUGCGGGCAUGCGCGAAGUCAAGGUGAUGCGACGCUAUCACAUUCAAGAUCGCGAUGACUAUCACAAGUACAACAAGCUGGUGGGCAAGCUUCGGCACCUUGCCCUCCGUCUCUCCACCCUGCCGGUGGCAGAUCCGUUCCGGGGCAAGCAUGAACAGGGGAUGCUUGCCAAGCUGUACGACAUGGGCCUGCUCGAUACGGGAGCCAAGAUGUCGGAUAUCACCAACAAGUUGAAUGUCUCGGCGUUCUGCAGGAGGAGGUUACCGGUGGUGAUGGUCAGGUUGAAGAUGUCGGAAACGGUCGGACAGGCGGUCAAGUACGUCGAACAGGGCCAUGUUAGGGUCGGACCGGAUACCAUCAGUGAUCCGGCAUUCAUGGUGACGAGGAACAUGGAGGACUUCGUGACUUGGGUGGACACAAGCAAGAUUAAGAGGACUAUCGCGAGGUAUAAUGACGAGUUGGACGACUUUGACUUGCUAUAG